AUGACCGCCCCCUCGCCCCUCCCAACAUACCUCUACAAGAUCCUCCCCUCGGCCCCACCUUCACCCCUCCCCGACCGCCUCCCGCUCUCCGACCUCGACAAAAAGGACGGCUACAUCCACCUCUCCACCUCGGAGCAAGUCCCCGGCACCGCAGACAAGUGGUUCAACGAGUUUUCUGAGUUGUGGUUGUUGAAGAUCAGAUAUGAGACGCUGGCGAGCGGGACGGAUGGCGAUGGGGAGACCAAGUCGGAUGGGAAGGCAGAGAUCAAGUGGGAGGAGGUUGGCAGAGGGGUGUUCGCACACUUCUACGGUGGUGACCUUGGCCGGGGAAAUGUAGAGCAGGCAUUCAAGGUGGAGAAGGGCGCGAGUUGGACCGAGUUGAAGCUUGAGUGGUAAGGACAGGGUUCGGGAUAGAGGUGACGGCAUGUCGAAUGCGACAGCUGCAUCUCAUCAUCACUGCCUACUUUUUGCGUCAAACACGAUUGCCGGCUCGCGUUGGCGCUGUUCAUCGCCAGUCCAGGAUCGCCAUCGACCCAGGUGAAGCUCCGGACGAGAGCCGACGUGCUUGUCGCAGGAAGCGCUAGUAGCUCCAAUAGGCACAUCAAGUCGAGCAGCAUAAGCGAUUGACAGCCUGCAUCACUCCAAGCACCAUAGGAUAACUUCAAUUACAAACAGUCACGCAAAUGACGAUGUCCAAUAUCCAACGAGCUAUC